UUUUUUCUUUUUUGUUUUGGACAAUUUUCACAGUCAUCAUUCAAAAACUCAAAAAACUUCGGUGUCUCGGACAAAGACAAGGGGGAUAUUCUCUAAAUGUUCCAAAAAAAUUCGAUCUUUUUCAACUGACAAUGAUUUCCCAACUCCGUUAUUUUCAUCCUAGGGUUUAGCCACCAUGAUUCCGUGUUCUAGGGUUUCAAUUCUCGCGGAGGAGAGAGAGAGUGAGCGAGCUGCUGCUGCUUUGGAAAUGGAAGCCCGAGUGAGCGUGUGUGGCCGCGGAGCGCUGGUUGACGGCGGCACCAGGAAGUUCUUGCAACCGCUCCACCACCAGCAACAGCAAACGCCGCCGUCGUUGAAUCGGCAGACACAGAUUGGGACGGUGCCGCAGCUCCUCGCCGGCGGCUUCGCCGGCGCUUUUAGCAAGACCUGUACCGCUCCCCUUGCUCGCCUCACCAUUCUUUUUCAGGUGCAAGGUAUGCACUCUGAUGCUGCAGCAUUGAGCAAGCCUAGCAUAUUGCAUGAAGCUUCGCGUAUUGUUAACGAAGAAGGCUUUAGGGCAUUUUGGAAAGGGAAUCUAGUGACAAUCACUCACCGUCUUCCUUAUUCUUCAGUCAAUUUCUAUGCUUAUGAGCGAUACAAAAGUUUGUUGGAAUCAAUUCCCAGUCUACAAAGUCAAGGUGGUUUUGCGGGUGCAGAUAUUUUUGUGCACUUUGUUGGUGGUGGGUUAGCUGGAAUGACAGCUGCCUCUGCCACUUAUCCAUUGGAUCUUGUCAGGACUCGUCUUGCAGCUCAGAGGAGCACAAUAUAUUAUCAGGGCAUUUGGCAUGCAAUUCAUACCAUUUGCAGAGAUGAAAGUUUUUUUGGCCUGUACAAAGGACUUGGAGCAACAUUGCUGAGUGUUGGACCCAGUAUAGCAAUAAGCUUCUCUGUUUAUGAGACACUGAGAUCUUAUUGGCACUCUCAAAGGCCCGGUGAUUCUACUGUCAUGGUUAGCCUUGCUUGUGGCAGUCUUUCUGGGAUUGCAUCAUCAACAGCAACAUUCCCUUUGGAUCUCGUCAGGCGAAGGAUUCAGUUGGAAGGUGCUGCUGGCCAAGCCCGUGUCUAUAAUACGGGCCUAUUUGGAACAUUUAGGCAUAUACUCCACACAGAAGGGCCAAGGGGGUUAUAUAGAGGAAUUCUGCCUGAAUACUACAAAGUUGUUCCUGGCGUAGGAAUUGUUUUCAUGACCUACGAGACGCUGAAGAAGCUUCUUUUGCAUGGGCCUUCAAAUAGUUAGUUGUUCACCCAGUCUUCAUAUGUUAAAGGAAAAGAUGAGGAUCAGUUGGUUUAAGACACAGUAGGUAGAAAAAAGUUUUUCCCAUAUUUUUUAUUUUAUUUUUUUAAAAAAAAAGAAGAGAAAAGAAGAAGGUAUUUGCUGAGAAGUCCCAUGGUGGUAAAUUUUGUGGUUGCUGCCAUGAAACAUAGUAUUUUUAUGUAUAGGUUAUUAGAUGGUAUUGUGAGAAUCAUAUCAAUUGUACCUAUCUACUACCAAUACAUAAUUGAAACAUUUUCAUUCAUUGAUGAUUGUAUAAUCACAGGAGAAUUUUUGUUGCAGAACAUUUAA